GUCACCGCGGCCGAACCUCUGCGUUCAUUGGGCAGAGCUGCUGUCAUUCACACAGCUGAGGCAGUGGAGGCGGUGGCGGCCAUUUUGGAGCAGGGCGCGGGGCCGGACGCAGCGGAGGGAGCGCGGAGCCUCCCUCGCCGCCAUGGCAGCUCCGCUCGGUACCGGCGCCUUCACGGAGGAGACCGGGCGGGACAAACAGGCUGCCCAGCCAGAACCCGGGGCCGAGCCCAAGGGGAAAUACCCCGGGCUGGGGCUGAGGCCGGGAGGGGCAGAGUUCCUCAUGAGGAGGCUGCAGAAAGGGCAAAAAUACUUCGAUUCUGGCGACUACAACAUGGCCAAGGCCAAGAUGAAGAACAAGCAGCUGCCAAGUGCAGGACCUGACAAGAACCUGGUGACAGGAGACCACAUCCCCACGCCCCAGGACCUGCCCCAGAGGAAAUCCUCACUGGUCACCAGCAAGCUGGCAGGGGUCCUGAUGUGGCAUUUUCCAACCCCUUUGUGACACGCUGGGACAGUGGCUGCAAACCCUCCUUGGGUUGUAAAUAGAUAAAAAUAUAUUUAAAACAAAAAAAAAAAAUAUAUAUAUAUAAAUUUUUUACAUGUUUGCCUCUU